UGGUCAGUGAUACAUGAGAAACACGAGAGAUGAAUAACCGCUCUGAGCAAGAGCAUGUGGAAUGAUGAGCUCAGAAAAAACAAGUUUAUUCUUGUUUUAUAGACAAGUUUCCCGGCCACUUCCGGUUUACUUCCUGUUUCUGCCAAGAAUUUCCGGCGCGGGCUGAGUAUUGGUGCAAAAAUGGCGUUGGAAUGGCAACAUUCGACCGAAAAGCUUGUUAAAAAUUGUGUUUUGACCAUUCCACAUCCAAGUAAGGUAACAUCAUGGGCGGACAACAUGUCGAUAUGGCCCAGCAUAACAACAUCCAAGAUCUUUUCUUAUUUUAUUGAUUCCAUGGCGGUGGAUGGGAAUGCAAUUAAUAACCUGAAAAGCUCUGAGGCGUUUCGGUAUCUCCAUUCAGACAAAGUGGGCUGUGUACUUUUACACGAUAUGGGCAGUUUAAUUUACCUAAAGGCCGAUGUUCAACCAAGCCAGUCCGUUAACAAUUCAUCGCAUAACGCCUGGGUUUUAGUUACCAAGACGAGAGAUGUGGAGACUGCAGGCUGUACCUGUAUCGCCGGACCAGGACGUUCCUGUAGCCAUUCAGCCGCCGUGCUUUGGAAGGUAGAAAAUGCUGUGAGGCAAGGGAAGACAGGGCUUGCCUGCACUGAUGUGCAGAAUUGCUGGAAUGCCGGGACAAAAAGCAAUACUGGGCAGCAAAAAAUCAGAGAUGUGUCUUUCCGAAGACACAGCAGAAAUAACCUAUACCAACCAGCAUUACAGGCAUCCUCCUCCAGCAUAGUUUCUACACCUAGUCGCAAGGUAAAAGUCCAUGAGACACUGGAAGAAUGGAAAAAUUACUGUCCCUCCACACCAAUAGCGGCACUUUUCACUGCACCUGGCAGUGGACUAAUGCAGCUCACUUUUAACACCAGCCUCCCUGCUCAGUCUGCCGAGACAUCAAAAGCUCCACUGCCCCUACAUCAUGGUGAUCACAACACACAACUGGAAUGUGAGAAAUGUAGGGCAUUCUACACCACAUACAUUGACAUGACCACAACCCAAUUUAUGUACAUUGAGCAGCACACAAAAGAACAGAGCAGGGAACAACUGUGGCAUGACAUGCGACGGGUACGGAUAACAGCAAGCACAGCCAAGAAUGUGCCAGUUCAGGCUACCACAGCACCAGACAAAUUCUUGUCUGAACACCUCCAUCCUACCUUUCAAGGUAACGCAGCAACCCGGCAAGGAGCAGAGGGUGAAGAGCACGCCAGGCAAUACCUGCAAGACCAAGGUCAUGACAUCGAUGUGAAAGGUUUGGUGGUUUGCCCGAGUGAGCCAUGGCUUGCUGCGAGUCCGGAUGGUGUCAUGAACAGAGACACACUACUGGAGAUCAAGUGCUCUGUCUUAGUCAAAAACCAGUCCCUUACUGAAGCACUUGCUGCUAAAAGCAGUGAGAUCAAACGUAUGCCCACAGGGGAAUUCCAUCUGUCCUUCAAUGGGCCAAAGGGAUAUUACAUGCAGGUGCAACUGGGCAUGCACUGCACAGGGCUACGGCAAGCCUUGUUGGUGAUUUGGAGUAACACUGAAUGUCUGCAGCUCAACGUGCUCUACGACCAAACCUUUGGGGGGACAUAUCUCAAGGCUACACUCCUUCUAUUUCACCCACAUGUUGCCAAAAGUUGUCGAUGACUUCGAUGAUGGAAGGCUGGAGUUGUGUUCCAGAUAUAUGGAUGUUGUAAAAUCAGCAUGACCUGUUUAUGUUUACUUGGGUGAUUAGUCAUUCAUUUUUUAACCCCUUGUCCCCUGUUGUCACAAAUUUGUGACAAAUCCUUUCUAGCUUUUAUUUAUUUUUAUCAAACUGAUUUAUUUUCUUUUACUUACUCUUAUUUAUUUUUAUA